GGCCUCAAUCGCAGUUGACGACUGCCUGAGGUGCGGACAGCAUACCCUGAUGAAAAUGGCCUCAAAUCCGGGAUCACAGUCUGCUUCCCCGUGUACUUCAUCUGCCUCAAAGGUUGCCAUCCCGAGAUUACCGAUACGUGAAGCCACUUCUAGGCCACGCACCAGCAAGGCAUGUAAAGAGUGCAGAGCUCGCAAGACCAAGUGCGAUGGUCACCAGCCGUGCAGUCGAUGCGCGGGGUGUGGAAUAGAUUGCGCCUACGUGGAUGGAAAAAAGAAGACUAUGGAAAGGAGAUACCGAGACCUCGAAAGUCAGGUUCAGGUCUACGAGAAAAUUCUACGCCUCAUGCAGUUUCGAUCCAUACCGGAGGACGGAGAACUUAUCGCUCGGACCCUUGCCCAAUACAGCAUGUCAUCCGCCACCAUCGGCGUAGUUACAGACCACGAGCAUUCUCCAGCUACGGCAGACCGUUCUCUUUUGGAAAUAGAGUAUUUACAAGAAGACUUACACAGUACUAAGAGCUUGCAACCCUUCGGAUUCAUUGGCGGUCCUUCUGAGGUCUCCUGGAUUCGGAAUCUAAACCAGGAGACUGAGAAAAGCACUAUAGCUUCGGAAGGAAAAUCUCCGAAUCGAGUUCCAAGCAACGACUCAGAGGUACUGAGUAAGGUCGGUUAUUUCCUGGAUGAUCAGGAGCUGGCCAUGUAUGGCGACAUUGAUCUUCAGGUUCAGCCUCCUCGAGACGUUGCGGAGCGAAUGCUCUGCCUAUAUUUCCAUACUGUCCAUCCUUCUUUUCCCAUCAUCAGCAGGAUAUCCUUCAGGCAGCAGGUGGAGAGCUAUUACGCCAACCCCAAAUUAGGACCGCCUAAGAAAUGGCUUGCGGUUCUCAAUCUGGUUUUUGCUGCCGCCGCCAAGUUUGCGCAUUUGGUACCUCAGCAUCGGGUGCAAUCAAUGGAUACCACUAUGGUGUAUUUCACCCGUGCUCAGCGACUUAGCGUCACGGAGAACCACCUGACUGGACACCCCGAUCUCCAGCAAGUCCAGAUUGAAGGUCUCACUGCGUUUCUCUGCAUGGCGUUGGGCCAUAUCAAUAGAUCAUGGAGAGCAUGCGGGAUAGCAUUAAGGUCUUUCAUUGCUAUGGGAAUCAACCUUCGGAAUGAGAGUAAGAGAAUUUCCAAUAUUUCAAGGGAGAUCCGAUACCGUGUUUGGUGGUCACUCUAUACACUGGAAAACACGCUUUCAGCCAUGACUGGCCGGCCUCCUGGAACUGCAGAUAGGUUCUGUACGACGCCUUUGCCAAUACCCUUUGGAGAGGAACAGUUUCACGUAGAUCCUGCUGCCCGACUAUUAGCAGAUGCGGAUUUCCGUACUGCGCAUACUCGGACCUUUACAGCCUCAAGGCGCAUCCUUGCAAACCGAGCUGAUUUAAAUAAUGGAAAAUCUAGCAGCCAAAGUCCUGCUCCAGAACUGGAAGGUGUUAUUUCCAACACUUCUCAAUAUUUUCUCUAUUAUGUCGAGCUGGCAAAGAUCAUGCGUUGAGUGAUUGAUUUAUUAUACAGUCCAAGAUCUGCGAGACGUCCUUGGCUCAUUAUCUAUGCAGCCAUGGUAUACCUAGUAGAUGAAACAGAUAAAUGGCUUUCUGGUCUCACUGAAGCAUUUAACUUCAAGCACAGCCAAGAAGUAAACUAAUUUAAGAAGUAAAGAUGGGGCCUUAUUAUUAGAUUUUAUAGCAUAAGAAUCAUGAUUUGCCGAUCCUCCCUCUGUCAGUCAGAAAGGUAUAAACAAGAAAUAGAAUCUCUAAUAAAUCUCCAACAGACUGCAGAGAUAUAUAUUAAUUUAACAUACUGAAUUAUUAAUCUUCUG